UGGUCGGUGCCAGGUACAAACUGAAUGCUCUCGCACCUACAGUCCUACCUACUGGUACCUUACGGAGAUGUCCCAGGUACUACCUAUACUGCAGUCUACCUACCAGGCGACCGUGGAAUUUGGCCGCGUUCUCCUACUGCUGCUGUUCAACUCCCACCUUUCCGCAGUCUCGGGCUCCCCACUGCUCUACACCAUGACAGCCCGAACGUUGCGACCCAACCUGAGCCUGAUCUGAAGAUCAUCAAAUGUCCUGCCCAACUCCUCCUCCAACGACAUUAUUGAAUCCACCUCUGUGCACCGCUGAUCGCACACCCCGACGCAACAAAGUUUCGAUGGAAGGAUGACGGACCGGCUGGGACUUCCCGCGCCUCGGGACUCUCGGAUACUAGAGAGCACUAAACAGCCAAAGCCCAGGCCACUACUGUGCGGCACUACCCUUCCUCUCUCCAGAGCACCGGCAGAUGGCGAAGGACGCACGGGUCAAGAAAGCAAAGAGAAUAUUAUGACCGCAGCCUGAGGACACCGUUUUGACACUUUCUACAACAGACGAACGUGCACAGGCCCUGUUUCGGCGGGCCUCACAAUUGUAAGCCCACGACAAGAAGCCCCCAUUCGGUGUGGGUAAGAUGCACCGCUACGAGAUGUCCCCAACCAGCAGAUCCUCCAUAGCAGUGGCCGAUCCUCCUGGCAGUCGUAGGCUCGCUUAACCAGUCUGAUACUCGCAUUGUGGGAAGUCUACACGGAAUGCUACAUAUCAAUCUCGAAGCCAGCCAUCUCGACAACCACAGCAGUACUAGGUCCUCAUCCUGAAACACGCCUCGUUCUGGUCCCUACGACCUAACCUUUUUUCGGGACUUGGCCGCGACAGCAAAGAACGCGAGGCUGCAACAUGGCUUUCCUGUUGGCCAUACGUUGUAGGGCCAUCUUCCCCGAUCGCUGAAGCCUUACGUGCUGUACCACCCCUCGGAGCCGUUGUCGACUUCUCUCGGCAAUGGCCAAAUUCGGUCUUCGCUUCCACCAAUGUCCGCUGCGCCGGAGGUUCCAGAAAACAACCAAUUCCUUCUGUCGGGGCCACGGCCUGCUAAGCGGAUCCCAAUCCAGGGAAUUGCCCAUUAUUGUCCGUAAAACUACCUACUGCCACACAGCCAGUGUCUGGAGCUGACGAAGAGAUCGCGUUGUCUUGGGGUCUUCCUCCCAAGAUGAAUGACGAUUGACACACCCAAAAUACGAGGUGCAUAAUUUCCCGGUUCAAGUUGGCGCCCAACCAACCAUCUCCUGGACGUAUAACCCUGGCACUGCUGCCCUCUCGAUCUCCAUGCCUAACGAUGCGCGAGUCGGUCAUGGCGUGUCAGCGCCAAAGGGUGCACCAUCUCGGCGCUGGAGUCCACCUGCGCAAAGCAACCUCAAGGCCGCUUCUGCCCUCGGUAUCUUGGAACGACUCACCAUCGGUCGUACAUCAAGCAGAACAGACCAUGGUCGGCUGACCCUUGGAACCCCGUUGCUGCAACACCUUCUAGAAAAAGCCGCAGCAGAUACCACCACCGCGACUAGCUGCGGCUGCUGAGACUUGAGGCACCACUGCACUACUACUACACUGUCUUUCAUCAGCCCCGUCGCUUCGUCGUUGCCGUCUUCCCCCCGGCCAUGGCGCCACGUGGUGUGGUGGUGCAAAGACCCGAGGGCGCGGCGCAAAGGUGAGCCGGCCUCUGCACGGUCGUCGGCCUGGACGUGUCAUCCACCAAGGGCACACGCUGUGGUAGUUACUCACACACCGCCACGGCUGCGCUCGACUUGUUGGACGCUUGCACACAUGCUUUGGACCACCGACACGGACGCGGCGCGACGUUCCGUUUCGCGCCUUCACCGAGCGCCACUUAGUCUCCUAAUUACUGUUCUUUUAAUUUCUUCCUUCCUUCGGCUCGGAGCUUCCUACAGUCCACAAUGGACACCUGUCAGAUAUGCGAGUCACUGCAUUGCACAGUCUAGCAUUGCGUCUCGGAUAUGAUGCUCGCUUGAAGCACAUGGCUUCCGGUUCCAAACCGUCGUCGCAAAAUGCUACGGUGGAUGGGACUGGCAUUGCCAAAUCACUUGGCGAGGGGCAGUCACCAUCUUCUCCCUACUGCUACCCUCUCGUGGCGCACCAGGUCAGAUGGGAAUAGCUUGACCGCAUGUUUCAGUCUCAGAAGAUAUGAUUCUUCAGAACCAUUAAAAUGCUCUGCGCCACGGAUAGACCCACGAUGAUGGUUUGCUCGCAAAACGAAUCUGAUCCCACGUUGAUGGGGCAGGGCGGGCCCCACGCCCCUGGUUUUCCCUUUGUGUUUCCAUGCUUCUCUGGCCUUGCCGAGAUGAACCACAUGGCCCAAGGUUUCGAGCUGAGUUCUCUUGCACUUCCAAGCUAUGUAACGACGCAACAUUUGCAAUGGCUUGUCCAUAUCCGACUGUGUUGUGUUCAAGGCUCCGGAUUGCACUUCGUGACGAGUUCAAGAGCCUAGGCAACUCUUCUACCUCCGUCGGCAACUGACGUCGGGCAUCGAUGCUACGCGACAUGAACGAUCGACAACGUUGGGCGAGAUUGGACCAGGAGCCAUACGCCAGGAGCGAAUCGCUUCGUUGUCGCCCUGCUCUACAUGAUCGUAAACGGCUACUGUAGGGUGUCUGGACACAUGCACACACCGCCCGCCCUUGUCGUCGGCGUUUGGUCUGCAGCAGCGCCCAGCCCUUGCAGCAUUGUAAAGUCUGCUCACUUUGGUCGCAAAACAGGAACCAAGUCUAGGAGAUCAAGGACGCGCCUCACCGCUUCUGUACCCGGCGGCCAUGCGGUUGCGAAGCUUAGGUCCACGCUUGCACCAUUGCAAUGCAUAAGCUAUGCAUGUUCUGCAAUGUGUUCGACGAACCAGUAGCGCUCGACUGAGUGCCGUAAUUCGCCAUGGUAGACAGCAAUGCUCUGCGUGGCCCCCACGCGACUUGGUCUCGAUUCAUACCGCCAGCUGUAUUGCGAAGAUCCGUCGAGUCCUCUUGGCUUAUCUCGCGUUGACGGCCACGCGAGCACGCAAGGAGCGAAUGAUGGAGCGAUAUCCAUGCUGAAAAUGCGAACGAUUCUCAACAAGAGCCACCGGGAGUGACAAGCCUCAACAACCAUUCGGUACAGCAAGACCAGUAUUAGGAGAGAGCAUGCACAUGCCAGCAAUCUGAGUCGAGGAGCGUGUUUCUCCUUCCAUCCCAGCCUUAGCCUGUGUGAUGAUCACAAAAUGGGAGCUUUAUGCGCCGGAAAUGUUGCUCAGCAAUUAUGCUACUGGCUGCCAUGGCCCCGAAGUUCUGUUCAUUGGAGAAAUGAUCAGGACAGAUCGAACCGCAAGCAUCUGGAACAUAGCCUGAUGACCAGGCUACUUGGGUAUGCAGUUGGGGGUGUCGAUCCGGUCCUAACCGCCUCAUUCACCCAACGACACCGACCAUUGGAUACGAUCCCAGUAUGUGCACCAGCCAUCCUGUCGAUAUGCCUCCGGGGUUUUGAAUCCUUCCAGCCUCUCAUACCUACCUACCUAGUCACAGUGGCAACAGGUCUCAAGUCACAAACUAGAUCGGACGUGUGCUACUCCGGAGGCCACCGAUAGCUCCAGAUGUCAACAUGUCAAGCAUCAAACAGUGAGUGCACUGUGCAGUGGGCAGUAUCAAUAUCAUUGACAAACUGAUAUUAUAUCCCACGGAACUGCUUCAUUGCCCUACAGUUGCUGCAGCGUACCUACAAGUCAUGUUCCUCUUCACCUGUCACAUGGGUAAGUAAAUGCUGACCGCCAGUCUGGAUGAUCGAUUCCGAUCCCCAAACCUUGUGUCCAGCUACUUGUACCGGACAAUUAAACCGUCCAGUUUAGGCACACCUUGCCGAGGAAAUCGAUACGGUCACUACGAUCGUUUGACAGCUGUCAAACUUCAACACCGCCUUUCGAUUGUCCGCGGCGGCUGCAGUGCGGUGGCAGGGAAAAACAAGGCAAGGCAAGGAGGGAAAAUUUCAAUUCUGUCCCUUCCCUUCAAGUCCUUACAAAUCAUGCUCUAGACUGCUGACCACCCUCAGCUUUGGUGUUCCAAAAAUGCCGUCCAACAGCUUUCCCAAUUAAAAUGCAUUGCAUCGCCAGCCACACCCGCGGCCGCAUACAAAGAGGCUGCCAUGCGCUCAGCUCGUGGCAGCCAGCAGCAGCUUUGUCGCCAAUCAAAAUAAUCACUCCUGUAAGGUUCAAGGUUCAUGGUUGAACUUCCGGAGGUUGAUCCCAAACCCUUGCUGCUGGCCACCACACCCGCAAGGCCGCACUGCAUCGAAGGGGCCGCCCUAGUGCAAACUUUCUUAGAUGGGGGGUUCUGUCAGUGCCAGUGCCAGUUGACAGCUCUCCCCCCACCAGCCGUCCGCCCACCGCCCGGCGGCCCCAGACAAUGUCGGAAGGCCCAGUUGGCGAUCCGAAAUCUCGGAUCCAAUAUGGUUUUACCACAAUAUUAACGUUUCGCGCAUUUUGUUUACUUUUUUAAACAGAGCCCGGUGCCUCGUUGGUCGUCGACUCGACAACUUGAAGCGUUUACUAGUUAUGGACAGUAACUACAGCGGAUGAUCUUUUUUGAGUUUUCUUUUCUGGGGAGUCUCAUUUCCGUCCCCGUCGGUCUUCGGCUCGGAUCUGAGGUUUGGUUCUUGCCGAGCGACCACGACCGUCCGAGGAGAAGGUAGUGAUUGCAGUGUCGAAACCCAGCGAAGUCUGCCUCAGCUUGUCAUGUGGCCAUGCUUGUGUCACACAGAGCACCUACUAAUCACCUGUAGGUUGGUAGCACAUUUCAGUGUGCGACAACCCUUCCUCUUCGGAUACAUACAGUACAUACCCGGUCUGACCUGACAGAAUAUACUGUCCUGCCAGUAGUGUUCAAGAAGGGUGUCGCAUCGCCCACUCUGGUGAUACUACUGGUACGAAUUUACCACUGUAGGCCGCACGCCGGUCCAUACCAUACCGAACCAUGCCGCUGGAAGUGGCAGUCACUAGGUGGCAGUCGCAUUCAAAUGACUGUACGGACAUCCGGCGGAAGUAUGAUCUAGGAUCAAGGAAUACUGUGUAGGUAGGUAGCGAAAUUCCGAAUCAAGUGAGAUCCAUCCAGUGCACGAUAGUAGUAGAUGUAAGCUGAGGCUGGGCUGGGCUGGGCUGGGCUGGGCU